GUACCGUCGGAUAGUUCACACAGACACGGACCAUGCAGCACUAUGAUAGCAGCGUGGCCUUCCUGGGAACGUGGGGUCGCUUCCAGCUGAUGGUUUUUUUCCUGCUUUGCUCCACCAUCUUGCCCAACGGGACUGGCUCCUUCUCGCUGGUGUUCAUCACCGACACACCCCAGCAUCGAUGCCGGAUCCCUAAGGCCAACCUCAGCCAGGAGUGGUGGGAGGUUGCAGUUCCACUGGAGGUGGUGGACGGGGAGCCGCAGGCAAGCCGCUGUCGUCGCUACAGGUUGGACGUGCUUCGCAAGCUUUCAGCCGGGGGGCUGCUGCCGGGCCGGGACGUCAACCUGAGCAGUCUGGAACAGGAGGACUGCGUCGACGGCUGGGUCUACGGCACCGAGGUCUACCAGUCCACCGUGGUCUCCCAGUUCGACUUGGUGUGCGCUCAGCGUUGGAAGCAACCCUUGACCGCCACCAUUUUCUUCCUGGGGGUCCUGGUGGGAUCCUUUUUCUCCGGAUUGCUUGCUGACAGGUUUGGCCGAAAACCGGUGCUGUUCGCCACCAUCGUAAUUCAGGCCGUGUUCUCAGUGUCACAGAUUGCAGCUCCGUCCUGGGAGGUGUUCUGCGUGCUUCUCUUCUGCAGCGGCCUCGGCAAUAUCUCCAACUAUGUGUCCUGCUACGUGCUGGGAACAGAAAUCCUCACGGGCAACGCUCGGGUGGUUUACUCGUCGACGGGCGUGUGUCUGGGCUACACUUUGGGCUACAUGACGCUACCGCUCUUCGCCUACUUUCUGCGGAGCUGGAAGACGCUGCUGCUAGCCAUUGGGCUUCCCGGCCUCUUCUACAUCCCCAUGUGGUGGAUCCUCCCAGAAUCUCCCAUGUGGCUGCUGUCUCAAGGCCGAGUGACAGAAGCCGAGGCCAUCGUGAGAAGAGCCGCCGAGAUGAACAGAGUGGUCGCGCCGGAGAAGAUCUUUGGCGAUUCCGAGUGGCAUGCAAAUGAGGGGAGGCCAGUGGAGCGCUACACUGUUCUGGACCUGAUGAAGAAAAGAAGCGUGGCGCUGAUGACGGUCCUCUUGUGCUGGGUGUGGUUCACGCUGAGCAUCUGCUACUACGGCUUGUCCUUGAACACAUCGCAGCUCCACUCGGAUCCGUACAUCAGCUGCUUUCUUUCCGCUGUGGUGGAGGUGCCGGCGUACCUGAGCUGCAGUCUGGCCAUCCGAUUCCUGCCGCGACGCCUCGCUCUGGUGUGCGUCUUCCUCACAGUGGGCCUGGCGCUUUUCUUCAUUCAGCUGGUGCCUCAGAGCAUCCUGGGUCUGGCUGUGGCCUUGGAGAUGUUGGGCAAGUUUGGCGCCACGGCGGGAACGUCGCUGCUGUUCGCCUUCACGGCCGAGUUGUACCCGACGGGCCUGAGGAACACGGGCUCCGGAAUCUGCGUCAUGGUGUCGCGGACGGGAAGCUGCAUCGCGCCCUUUCUUAUACAGCUGGACAUCUACUUCAAGUAUUUACCUUACAUCACUUUGGGCACUCUGGCCAUGCUCUCCAUCGUGACGAUGCUCUUCCUGCCGGAGAGUUUUAGGCGACCGCUUCCCGAGACCCUCGAACAGAUGCAGAAGAGGCAAAGCUUGACCUGUUUGUCAAGAGGAAAGACCUUCAAAUCCACGGUCAUCGAAAGCCGACUGUGAACCUCACUGGAUUUUACCAAUUGUAGCAUUGCAUUGUGUGAUGCAUCAUGAUGACUUACACACGGUAUGCAUUUAUUUGGCGUUUUAUUUCUGCAUUCACGGAAAAAUAAAAGAUGAGGAAAAG